AAUUAGCCUCAGACAUUUGAAGUCUUUUCAAUAAUGGUUAAACGUAAAACGAAUAUCGGAGAUCUGUAUUUGAGCAGGGCCAAAUUUGUAAUGUCCUUUUUAGGGGUUUGGAUGCCCCUACCAAACGAGUCUAUUAUGCAUAAAUGCUAUAGGUUUUUCAUGCUGUCCUUGCAAUAUUGUUUCCUUGUAUUUCAAAUGAUAUAUAUAUGUCAAGUACUGGGAGACCUCGAGGAAAUCUCUGAAUCGUCUUUCCUGCUCCUCACCCAUGCUAGUCUGUGUUUCAAGAUCACCGUGUUUCACGUUAAUAUAGAAUCGUUCAGGGAACUCCUGGCUCAGAUGAACUCUGAAAUUUUAUUGCCUCAAACUGAGGGGCACGAUAAGAUCUUGAAGCUGCAGGCUUCGAGGAUCAAGAGACUGCUGUUAGCAUUUAUGGUCAGUUCUCAGACUACCAUUAGCCUGUUCGCUCUUAGUUCGCUGUUCGAUGAUGCUAAUAGAAAUUUUCCGUUUAAACUGUGGAUGCCGGUCAGUCCAGAACCCUCGCCGCAGUACGAGCUCGGCUUUUUGUUCCAAUUCGUGACCCUCUCCAUGAGCGCGUUCAUGUACUUCGGUGUGGACAGUGUUUGUCUGUCCAUGGUCAUCUUUGGGUGCGCGGAGAUUGACAUUAUUAAAGAGAAGAUUAUGAACGUUAAGCCAAUAGCGGAAAGACGCGUUAAUCGGUCCGUUACCGCCAAUAACAUUUUGGACGAGCACUACAAAGUUCUGAUUGAGUGUGUGGCGCAUCAUCAAGCCAUAGUCAAGUUCAUCAAGCAGGUGGAAGACACGUACCAUUUGUACUUGCUCUUUCAACUCAGCGUAGGCGUCGGGUUGAUCUGCAUGUCAGCUUUACGCCUACUAGUGGUGGACUGGAAGAGUGUCGAGUUUAUGUCAGUGGUGAUGUACCUGCUGGUGAUGGUCAGCCAGCUCUUCGUCUAUUGCUGGACCGGCCACGAACUCACCGCUACUAGUUCGGAGCUUCACACGGUGGUGUACGAAUGCUGCUGGUACGAGCAGGACGUCCGCUUUAAGCGCGCGCUGCUCAUCACGAUGCUGCGCGUGGGCCGGCCGCUGGAGUUCCGCGCCGGCCGCUACGUCACGCUGUCCAGACAGACCUUCGUUGCGAUUCUACGCAUGUCCUAUUCGUAUUUUGCUGUAUUACAGCAAGCUAGCAGUCGAAACCAAGUUGUAGAAUUUGAAAAUUAGACUAGAUUUCAAACUCAAGCUAUU